AGUGUCCUGAGCUGCUCAGAGCUGGGUCGGCACAGCCCGGGGUUAGACAAGGCGGCUGCGAGGAUUCAAAGGUUCUGCCGGAAAUUCGGUGUGGGGGGUACUCCAGCUGGAGCCUGUUGCCAGCCACUGUGUUUUAAAAGCAUGCGAGGUCUGUAUGGCUUGGGCAUGAGAAUCUUGCGGAUGUCAGAGCGUCAGAGUAAAUGACAUCUAUUUGGGAACUGAACUGGGGGUAAGCAGAACAGAGGGAAAAGAAAGGCAGCCGAGUAAGAAAUUCUUAGAGGACGUCUGCCUUGCAGCUGUGAAAUUCUUUUUUUUUUUUUUUUUUCUUCCCAAGGCAAAAUAUUAAAAGCUCACACACGGUUUUGAUGACAACAAAUUAGAGGGGAUUCUGCAGUGAGAGAGUUGAGAGCUUAGUCAUUUUACUUAAAGAGAGCAGACAGGCAGCCUUAUUGUGAGGUUAGGCGGCAGACGAAUUUCAUCACAACAGCGCCUUCUGAAGUCAUGAUGGGAGCCCACACCAAUCCUGUCCUGCAGAACAAAAAUUAUUCAUUGUCUUCGUACUUCAGCGUUUGAAACCGGCGAUCCUAAGGUUCGGAGAAGAAGUUGGCUUGCACCGUACAUGGUUUCUAGUCCCCUCUGCCCAGGUCUCUGUCGGACACGAAUCAGACUCAGACGGUAGCAGUGUGUUAACGCGGCCACACAUGAAUAUGUACCUAAGAAAGAAGAAAAAGCAGUAUUCAUCCCUAAAGGACAGCAUGGAAAAGCAACGCGAAGUUUUCCAUUUCCCUCCUAACACUUCUCUAACAAGGAUAACAAGAAACUGUCUUUUGACGCCUGUUUGUCCACAUUCCAUAGUCCUUUCUGUGAGGAUGCAUUAAUUCACACCCAAGGCAGUUGGAUUUCACCAGGACAAUAUUUGCCAUCAUUUAGCAUUAGCGAAUGGACUGGCUAUUUCAGUGUGUCGACUAGUAGGAGCUUCAUGGAUGGACUCAUACCUACCGUGCCCUGUGAUGUUUCUUUCUUCAAAUCCUGGAAGGGCUUUUGUUUUUGCCAUUUGUGUUUCCUUGGGGGGGGUGAUUUUUGGGGAGGGGAUUCUCAUUACUCGUGGCAAUAAUUGUCCCUGAUCGAUGCUCAAGCCGGAGAGUUGGGAUUCAUCUGUGAAAAUCACCUCAUGCAACAUAGGAGACGAGGAAAAUAUUAAUGACGGAAGGUCUGCGAACAUGAUGCAUUUGAACACCUUCCCCUUCAGAAGGCAUUCCUGGAUAUGUUUCGAUGUGGACAAUGGCACAUCAUCGGGACGGAGUCCCUUGGAUCCCAUGACCAGCCCAGGGUCUGGGCUAAUCCUCCAAGCAAAUUUUGUCCACAGUCAACGCCGGGAGUCCUUCCUGUAUCGAUCUGACAGCGAUUAUGACCUCUCUCCGAAGUCUAUGUCCAGGAACUCCUCGAUUGCCAGCGAUAUACAUGGAGAUGACUUGAUUGUGACCCCAUUUGCUCAGGUCCUGGCCAGCCUGAGAACUGUAAGGAACAACUUUGCUGCAUUAACUAAUUUGCAAGAUCGAGCACCCAGCAAGCGAUCACCCAUGUGCAACCAACCAUCCAUCAACAAAGCCACCAUCACAGAGGAGGCCUACCAGAAACUGGCCAGCGAGACCCUGGAGGAACUGGACUGGUGUCUGGACCAGCUAGAGACCCUGCAGACCAGGCACUCCGUCAGUGAGAUGGCCUCCAACAAGUUUAAGAGGAUGCUGAACCGGGAGCUGACGCACCUCUCUGAAAUGAGCCGGUCUGGAAACCAGGUGUCGGAGUACAUAUCGAACACGUUCUUAGAUAAGCAACAUGAAGUGGAAAUCCCCUCUCCAACUCAGAAGGAAAAAGAGAAAAAGAAAAGGCCGAUGUCUCAGAUAAGCGGGGUCAAGAAGCUGAUGCAUAGCUCCAGCCUGACUAAUUCCUGUAUCCCAAGGUUUGGGGUGAAAACAGAGCAGGAGGAUGUCCUGGCCAAGGAACUAGAGGAUGUGAACAAAUGGGGUCUCCAUGUUUUCAGAAUAGCAGAGCUUUCUGGGAAUCGGCCUCUGACUGUUAUCAUGCACACCAUUUUUCAGGAACGGGAUUUAUUAAAAACAUUUAAAAUUCCAGUAGACACUCUAAUCACGUAUCUCAUGACUCUGGAAGACCAUUACCACGCCGACGUGGCGUAUCACAACAACAUCCAUGCCGCAGACGUGGUCCAGUCCACUCAUGUGCUACUGUCCACACCUGCUUUGGAGGCUGUGUUCACAGACUUGGAGAUUCUCGCAGCCAUUUUCGCCAGUGCAAUACACGAUGUGGAUCAUCCUGGUGUGUCAAACCAAUUUCUGAUCAAUACAAACUCGGAACUGGCCCUGAUGUACAACGACUCCUCCGUCUUAGAGAACCAUCAUUUGGCUGUGGGGUUUAAGUUGCUCCAGGAGGAAAACUGUGACAUUUUCCAGAAUCUGACCAAAAAGCAAAGACAAUCUUUAAGGAAAAUGGUCAUUGACAUUGUACUUGCGACAGACAUGUCAAAGCACAUGAAUCUGCUGGCUGAUUUGAAGACGAUGGUCGAAACUAAGAAGGUGACAAGCUCUGGGGUCCUUCUCCUUGAUAACUAUUCGGACAGGAUCCAGGUUCUUCAGAAUAUGGUGCACUGCGCAGACCUGAGCAACCCCACCAAGCCUCUGCAGCUGUACCGCCAGUGGACAGACCGGAUAAUGGAGGAGUUCUUCCGCCAGGGGGACCGGGAGCGGGAGCGUGGUAUGGAGAUAAGUCCCAUGUGUGACAAGCACAACGCCUCUGUGGAAAAAUCACAGGUGGGCUUCAUCGACUAUAUUGUUCAUCCGCUCUGGGAGACGUGGGCAGACCUUGUACAUCCCGAUGCCCAGGACAUUUUGGACACUUUGGAGGACAAUCGCGAGUGGUACCAGAGCACAAUCCCUCAGAGCCCCUCCCCUGCACCCGACGACCAAGAGGAGGGCCGGCAGGGCCAAACGGAAAAAUUCCAGUUUGAACUAACCUUGGAGGAAGAUGUCGAGUCGGACACCGAAAAGGACAGUGGGAGUCAGGUGGAGGAAGACACGAGCUGCAGCGACUCCAAGACUCUGUGUACGCAAGACUCGGAGUCCACCGAAAUCCCCCUGGACGAGCAGGUCGAAGAGGAGGCUGUGGCGGAAGGAGAGGAAAGCCAGCCGGAAACUUGCGUGGUAGAUGAUUGUUGUCCUGAUACGUAACAGUGUAAAGACUGUCAUGCUUUUUUUGUUUUUGUUUUUGUUUCUUUUUUUUUAAGUAGAAAAAAAAAUUGUUUUCCAAAGUGCAUGUCACAUGCCACAACCACGGUCACACCUCACUGUCAUCUGCCAGGACGUUUGUUGAACAAAACUGACCUUGAACUACUCAGUCUGGCGCUCAGGAAUAUUGUAACCAGUUCUUUCACCUCCACGUCAUCGGAGCAAGGGGUGGGGAGGUCUUCACGAACACGAUUCUGACAUGGUCUCAGCUCGGUAAAGCUGACAAAGCAGAUAAAAUCAACUCCAGCUGUUUUUUUCCAAGGGAGCGUGGCUCAUUGGACUGCCCGGAAGUUGAUUGGAUUGCAGGGUUCGUUUGGUUGCAGGGUUCCUUUCUGGCUUGUUUGCAGAAAUGUUAAGAAGAAGGCAUUUGCGUUUGGUGGACAGAGUGAACUCCCAGAUGAAGCGAUGAAAACGUCACGAACCGGACACAGCUUGGAUCUGUUCACAGGAGCAGGAUGGAGCCACAGAAAUUGCAUACUUUUCUAAUUUCAAGUCUUCCUGAUACAUGACUGAAGAGUGUGGUUCAGCGAGCCACACUCACCUCUACAUUUUGUAUGAUAUGUAAAACAGAUUUUUUGUAGAGCUUACUUUUAUUAUUAAAUGUAUUGAGGUAUUAUAUUUAAAGAAAAAAACAAACUCUGUUCAGAACUUCA